UUAUAUGCAGUUAGUCUUCUAUACGGAAAGGAAGCUAAAAAAGGAAGCUGCUGCCAGUGCGGGCUGCACGUUUUAUGCUGGAUCUAACGUGCUCUCUACAGGCAACAAAGGCAGGCAAUGAUUUCGCAGAAGAAGCUGGAGAUGGCACCCACCGCUCUUUGCAUUGCAUCCGCAGCCGUUAUUAUCAUUAGCGCUUUUCUAUGUGGAAUCAGCGCGGAGUCUAGUGAUGAGUCCAAAUGUUUGGCAGCCUUACGGAUGUAUCCCAAACCGGAUGUGACGUACACGGCCAAACACCUGUGGAAUCACUGCCCUGGUCUGUGCCGGAAUUCCAGCGGCCGUUUCCCCACUGGUCAGUUCCCGCAUCCCUGGGAUUGUAAUGCCUUUAUCAAUUGCUAUCAGGACGAUGCAUGGGUUCACUGGUGCCAAGUGGGUUUAAUGUUCAACGAGAAAAACACGGAAUGCGACUGGCCGCGCAACGUCAACUGCAGCCGGCACAAACCGGAAGAGUUCACCGUGGCACCGGACGUAACCACCACGUCGCAGUGGGAAUUCAUUAAAAGGCCGGCCAACAUCGAGGUCUUCGACGGCGAUCAAGUGGUCACGUGCAAAGACUCCGAUUACAAACUGAACGAUAAGGAAUAUAUCGGCAUUCGCACGGAUUUAUGCAGCAGCGGGAGUGGCGAUUACGCCGUUCCCGAUUGCCGAUUUUAUCUGCGCUGCGUCGGUGCUAAGGCCUACGUGUCCCGCUGCCCGGGCGGCUACGUCUUCGACACGAAUAAUCGCCGCUGCGACUGGCCCAGUAAGAACCCGAAAUGUCUGCAGAGCUGUAUGAACAGCGGGAAAUACGAGGUGCCCGAUCGCUCCACAACGCCAUCAACCAAUCAGAAAUUAUUUCUGACGACAACCACGCCGUCUCCGACGGAGGACCCUACGUUGGUCAAUGCGACGUGUAAGGAGGAUCACUGUAUCCCCAAAGCCGGCUGUCAGCCUGAGUUGUGCAGGGAACCACGGGGAAUGUUCGCUGUACCUAAUGCGUGCCGGAAGUUUGCUAACUGCUGGGAUAAUUGCGCGUAUGUCAACGAGUGCCCGUCGAAAAUGGUGUUUAACAACGCCACAUUAAUGUGCGAUUCGCCGUGGAAUCUGCCGGUAACGGACAAAUGCUACGAGAUCAAUCCGCAAACAUUAAAAACCGGCGCUUCCGGGUCGGCGACGAGCGGCUCCAGCAACGGGAUUUAUUUUGACCUUCCGACUGGCGGUAUUUCACAGUCCCUGUCUGGCGAAGGCGGCCUCACCAUGACCCAACAAAUGGGCCAUAGCAAGCAGAUUAUUUCCUAGCCGAAUCAUUUGUUGACGAAACACAUGUAAAACGGCUGUUUUUGUUUGUGCUGUUGCAAAAAGAAAUAAAAUCCGUUGCACUGUGAAUAA